CCUCUUUCCUCCCUUCUUCCCACCUCCCCCCUCUCCUCCGCCAACACCACCCCUCUCUGGGCGAACCUCAGAUCCUCAACAUCUCCUGUGACGGGCAGUGGUCACGGAAACACCGAGCGAGACCAGGGGAGAGCCGCCGAGGAGGGGGAAGCGUGCACUAAGCCAUUUUCUUGGAGGAGCCGAGCGUUGUUGAUGGGAAGAGGAUGCAUUGCGGGCUGCUGGAGGAGCCUGAUAUGGAUUCCACAGAGAGUUGGAUUGAAAGAUGCCUCAACGAGAGCGAGAGCAAGCGAUACUCGAGUCACACGUCUCUGGGGAACAUGUCCAACGAUGAACAAGAAGAAAAAGAAAAUAACAGAGCCUCUAAACCACAUUCGACACCAGCUACUCUGGAAUGGCUAGAGGAGAACUAUGAGAUAGCUGAAGGUGUGUGCAUCCCCCGAAGUGCCCUGUACAUGCAUUACCUAGACUUCAGUGAGAAGCAGGACACGCAGCCUGUGAACGCAGCCAGUUUUGGAAAGAUCAUAAGGCAACAGUUUCCAGCGUUAACUACCAGAAGACUGGGGACGAGAGGGCAGUCCAAGUACCACUACUACGGCAUCGCAGUGAAGGAGUCCUCUCAGUACUAUGAUGUGAUGUACUCCAAGAAGGGAGCGGCGUGGGUGAACGAGACGGGGAAGAAAGAGGUCACCAAGCAGACAGUGGCGUAUUCACCGCGCUCCAAGCUGGGGACGCUCCUGCCAGAGUUUCCAAAUGUCAAAGACCUAAAUUUGCCCGCCAGCCUGCCAGAGGAGAGGGUGUCAACCUUCAUCAUGAUGUACAGAACGCACUGUCAGAGGAUACUGGACACUGUGAUCCGAGCCAACUUCGACGAGGUCCAAAGCUUCCUGCUGCACUUCUGGCAGGGCAUGCCCCCCCACAUGCUCCCUGUCCUCGGCUCCGCCACGGUGGUGAACAUAGUCGGUGUCUGUGACUCCAUCCUCUAUAAGGCCAUCUCUGGGGUGCUGAUGCCCACCGUCCUGCAAGCACUGCCUGACAGUUUGACUCAGGUUAUUCGAAAAUUUGCCAAACAGCUCGAUGAGUGGCUUAAAAUAGCACUUCAUGACCUUCCUGAAAACCUGAGAAACAUCAAAUUCGAAUUAUCGAGGAGAUUUUCUCAGAUUCUAAAGCGACAAACAUCGUUAAACCAUCUCUGUCAGGCGUCGCGGACUGUGAUAAACAGCUCCGACAUCACCUUUCAAAUGCUGGAGGACUGGAGGAAUGUGGACUUGAACAGCAUCACCAAGCAGACACUUUACACCAUGGAGGACUCACAAGAGGAGCACAGGCAGCUCAUUAUCCAUUUGUAUCAGGAGUUCGACCGCCUGCUGGAGGAGCAGUCCCCGAUCGAGGCGUACAUCGAGUGGCUGGACACCAUGGUGGACCGCUGUGUCGUCAAGGUGGCAGGGAAGAGGCCCGGCUGCCUGAAGAAGGUGGCCCAGCAGUUCCUGCUGAUGUGGUCGUGUUUCGGUACCAGAGUGAUCCGGGAUAUGACCCUCCACAGCGCGCCCAGCUUCGGCUCCUUCCACCUGAUCCACCUCAUGUUCGAUGAUUAUGUUCUUUACCUGCUGGAGUCGCUGCACUGCCAGGAGAGAGCCAACGACCUCAUGAGGGCCAUGAAGAGUGAGGGCAGCACAGCAGAGAGAGAGGAGGAGUUCCCGGUGAAAGAAACCACUCCCACCUCCCCGUCCCCAGGAUCCUUCUCCCCUGCUCGCUCCGUCCACUCUGUGGGCGUCUCCUCCACCAGCUCCCCCACAGCGGCCGUGUCUCCAGAGUACACCGGAGUCCCUACCACCACAGGCGCUGUUCAGUCAUAUACCUGGUCCCUUACAUACACAGUGACAACAGCCGGCGGCUCCGCUCCAGAGGCCGGACAGCAGCUGUCCUGUAUGAGGAACAGCGCUCCCGUCCCUCCUCCCUCCUCCGCACACCGGUUGCCAGUGUACACCCACAGAGAGGAGCAUGGGUAUACUGGUAGCUACAACUACGGCAGCUACGCCAACCAGCAUCCUCACUCUAUCCAGAGCCAGUACCCGAGUCUGGCCCAUGAGCCGGCGCUCCCCGCCCCCCUCCACUACUCCGCCUACCACCGCUCAUCUGCACAGUACCAACUCAACGGUCAGAUGUCUCGGAUGGAGCCUUGCUUGAUGGGCAGCACUCCUCGGUUGCACCCCACACCUGUGGCCUCUCGCUGGCCGGAUGUGUCACCGACCAACAGCUGUUACACCAGCCCACCUAUGCAUUCAUCCCGCUAUGCCACCUCGGGGGACAUGUACUCCCCCCUGGGCCCACGCAGGAACUCAGAGUACGAACACUCGCAGCAUUUCCCCGGCUUCGCCUAUAUCAAUGGAGAGGCCACCACAGGCUGGGCUAAAUAGCCUUCAAGCACUGAUUUGCUAUGUACAAGCUCCAGACCUGCCACACAGGUGGAUGCAAAGUCUCUGGACACUUCCAAUCAAGUACACGAAGGAAUCAUGGUGUGGACGUACAGACAAUUUGAAAAGACUCAUUCCGUCAAUCACGCUGAUGAUCUCGGUGUUUGUCAAAAGUUUCUUCAGCAGGCGAUGGAAGAAAACUAUUAAAUCAUACAGAUUGUCAAAACUUGCAGCAAAAUCAUUUUGACAGUGCAAUGCUGCUGCCAAGCUGUGCCUUUGUUUUUAGGAAUGUACACCUCUGCCCUCGUCGGUCUCACAAGUCACCGCGCACAUCCUCCAACCAGCCGUCGGUCAGUCACCUCUCUGGCUGAUGGACCAGUGUGUUGUAACCUGUUACUGACACCAGUACAAUCUCAGUGACACCCCUGUCUCUGGUUUCUCAGCCCUGUGCAGCGUCGUGUCCUGAACUCACUGCAGCAGAUAAAUGAUGAACUGCACUGCCUUAACGUUCUCCUGGGACACCGGUAUCAAACAGUGGCACAAAGCUAGAACUUAACGAGUGACAGAUAGAAACUCAUGAGACCUUGAUCGGCGUGUGAAGGUGUCUUCAUCUUGGAUAGUGUUUUUAAUGAUUGAAUGCUGUGACUCAAAAACAACUGUGUGAGUUUGUUUUGUCGCAAGCUUUUCUGCUGUUUCCCUGUGACCACAUAUAUACAUAUACAUAUAUGUACAUAUAUAUGUAUAUAUAUAUUUGAGUAUGUAUUUUCUGUAACAUGGUUUGUUCUUUAUUUUCUAUGUUACAACUGGUACUUUGUUCUCUGUUUUGUAUGGUUAGUAGAGGACGCAUUAACCAUUAAUUAGGGUUGUGUGUUUUUAUAAUGCACUCAAAGCAACUGAGGACCUAUUACCCUAUGGGUAUUUAUAAAAAGGGAAAAUAUCAAAGUGUACAGUAACAUGAAUUCUAGUCACUUUCUUCUGUAAAUAAAAGCACUGGAAACCAUUUGUGGUGACUGUUAAACUAUCACAGUCCAAACUGAUGUGUAUGUGGGAAAGAUGUUGCCACAUAAAUAAUUUCACAAUCUAAAGCUGUGAGUUGUCUUUGUCAAAAUGUUCUCUUAAUAUAGUCUGUCUGUUCUGUAUCUUGAUAAUUCUCCGAAUCCGUUUCAGCACUGGGGCAAAGUCUUGAAUUCCACUGAUCUGUUUGCUUUCUAUGUUUAAUAUAGGAUGGCUAAUACAAUUAUUUAAAUCACA